UGAGAGAGAGAGAGAUACAGGGCCCGGAUACAAUGUUACUGCACAGGGACAGUUUCAAAGCUGCAACUCGGUGAAUGGAUCCCGCAGUAUAAACCCAGGCAGCCCAGAAUGUCGCAGUGAGGCUUCGGGGCAACAUUGUCGCUGCACUCAAUGGAAGAUACACCGGCCUGGGUGCUGGGCAGAGAGUGGGCCGGGCGGUGAAUGGGUGCUGGACAGAGAGUUCGCCGACAGCACGGGAGGAAAAUUGUGAACAGACGUACUACACUGUCCCAUAAUCUGGCACUCACUGGUCAACAUUGGUUACUGCUAGUGAACAUGGUUACUGCUGCUGUUUCUUGGUUACUGCUGAUCAACACUGAAAACUACUGGUCAACAUUGGUUACUGCUGCUCUUCAUGGGUUACUACUGGUCAACACUGGUUACUGCUGGCCAAUCUUGAUAACUGUUGGUCAAUGCUGUUACUGCUGAUUAACAAUGGUUACUACUGGUCAAACUGCUCGAGGGUGUCAGGAAUUUACACUGGUUACUCCUGGUCAGUGCUAUUAACUGCUCGUCAACUCUUAUUAGUGAAUGCUGUUACUUCUAUUUAACAAUGGUUACUACAGAUCCAUGUUGGUAAACAUUGGUCUAAAUUAGUUACUGCUGGUACUUGAGCAAUACUGGUACUUGCUGGUUAACAUUGGACUGGACAAUACUCGUAACAGCUGGUCACUGCUGGCCAAUAGUAGCCAACGUUACUGGGCAGAAUGAGGAGCCGAAGCAAUUCGGGUGUUCGAUUGGAUGGGUAUGCAAGGUUGGUUCAACAAACCAUUCUGUGUCACCAGAACCCUGUUACAGGACUGUUGCCGGCUAGUAUAGAUCAGAAAGAUGCUUGGGUACGAGAUAACGUAUACAGUAUCCUUGCAAUAUGGGGCCUGGGAUUGGCAUACCGUAAGAACGCUGACCAAGAUGAAGACAAGGCUAAAGCCUAUGAACUUGAACAGAGUGUGGUGAAGCUAAUGAGAGGACUCCUUCAGUGUAUGAUACGCCAGGUGGAAAAAGUGGAGAAGUUCAAGCGAACACAGAGUACAAAGGACUCCCUCCAUGCCAAGUACAACACCUCCACCUGUGGUACUGUCGUCGCUGACGAUGAGUGGGGUCAUCUCCAGGUGGAUGCUACGUCCCUCUAUCUCUUAUUUUUGGCCCAAAUGACAGCCUCAGGGUUACGCAUCAUUUUCACCCUCGAUGAAGUAUCAUUUAUACAGAAUCUGGUAUUUUACAUUGAGGCUGCCUACAAAGUAGCUGACUAUGGAAUGUGGGAACGUGGUGAUAAAACAAACCAGGGAAUAGCAGAGCUGAACGCAAGCUCUGUCGGCAUGGCCAAGGCAGCUCUGGAGGCAAUUGAUGAGCUGGAUUUGUUUGGUGCACGUGGAGGUCCCAAGUCGGUGAUUCAUGUUCUUCCUGAUGAGGUCCAGCUUUGCCAGUCCAUUCUUCUUUCUAUGUUACCUAGAGCUUCAACAUCCAAAGAGAUCGAUGCCGGACUUCUCUCAAUUAUUUCCUACCCGGCUUUUGCUGUGGAUGAUAUUGAUCUUGUAAAUAUCACAAAGAAUGAAAUAAUUACAAAAUUGCAGGGGCGGUAUGGUUGUUGUCGGUUUCUGAGAGAUGGUUACAAAACUCCAAGAGAGGACCCCAGCAGAUUACAUUAUGACUCUGCCGAACUACAGUUGUUUGAGAACAUUGAAUGUGAAUGGCCAGUGUUCUGGACGUAUCUCCUCAUCGAUGGGGUCUUUAAAGAAGAUAAGGUGCAGAUUGAAGAAUAUAGAGAGGCCCUGGAAGAGGUUCUUAUAAGAGGACAGAAUGGCAUACGCCUCAUUCCAGAACUGUAUGCUGUUCCCCCAGAAAAGGUGGAUGAAGAAAAUGAGAACCCACAUACUGUGGACAGAGUCGCAAAAGGAAAACUGCCACACAUGUGGGGACAGUCAUUAUAUAUCCUCGGGACUCUGCUGGCUGAGGGAUUUCUUGCUCCCGGGGAGGUUGAUCCUUUGAGCCGAAGACUAUCCACCGUUAGCAGGCCUGAUGUCGUGGUCCAAGUAUCGAUAUUGGCAGAAACCGAAAAAAUAAAGAACAUCUUGGCAAAGCAUAACUUCGUUGUAGAUGGCGUUUCUGAUGUUCUGCCCAUCAGAGUGCAGCCAGGAAGAAUUCUUAGUCACCUCUAUGCAAAACUAGGCUGCAACAAGAAGUUGAAACUCAGCGGGCGCCCAUAUCGCCACAUCGGGGUCCUCGGUACCUCCAAGUUGUACGUCAUCAGAAAUCAAACCUUUGCCUUCACUCCACAGUUCAUCGACCAACACCAGUUUUACUUGGCGCUGGACUGCCGUAUGAUUGUGGAGAUGCUGCGGACUGACCUGGCCUACCUGUUCUCCUGCUGGAAGAUGACGGGCCGACCGACUGUCACCCUCCCCAUCACUCAGAGCAUGUUGUCGGAUGAAGGGACAGAUAUCGACUCCAAUAUUCUCAGCACCCUCCGGAAACUCCAGGACGGAUACUUUGGUGGAGCCAGGAUCAAAACCGGGAGAUUAUCCGAAUUCCUCGUUACCUCGUGCUACACACACUUGAGCUUCUUAGACCCAGGACCCGAUGGGCUGCUGCUGGAUGACUGUUUCAGCGAGGAUAGUGCUAGCCCCAACAAUGAGAUGGAAGAUGCUGUCUCUGUGAAUGACACGUGCUAUCGAAACGAUGGUGAUAGUGAAGAUGAGCUUGUGAAAUAUAUAAAUCAUCUACUCCAAAGCACAACACCCAUGUCAAAGCGAUUGCCUCCGACAUCGAUAAGUCCAGGCAUGCAUCACGUGUUUGAGGCUGCUCACACUACCAGGGACAUAAUAUCAAUGGUGGCCAAAACGAAGGGACUGGAGUUACCAAAUGUUUCCUUGUACCUGCCCAUUCAAGUUCCAAUUCCUCAACAGAAAACUGCAAACUUAUUGGAAGUCCCAAAGCUGCAGCCAGGGAAGACCAAGCCGGACCAUCGGGUGGAUCUGAGUUUGCCCAAGGAUGCUCGUGGUGAGGUGGACAUUGCUUCACUUGUGGAACAGCUGAAGGAGUGCCUGACACUGCAAGAUCAAGCAGAUAUCCUUUACAUUCUGUCUGUCAUUAAAGGCCUGGACUGGGACACCAACGUUGGAGGACAGAACUGUGCCACAGUACGCAGUCUGAUGACGGAACUGUACAGCAAGGCUGGCCAAAACUGGGACUGGGGAUUGAUCCGCUACAUCUCGGGCAUGAUGAGGAAGAGGAUUGAGAUUCUGGCUGAGGCUUGUACAGCACUGCUGUCCCAUCAGAAGCAGUUGACGGUGGGCCUGCCCCCAGAACCACGAGAGCGGAUCAUCACGGCACCGUUGCCACCUAAUGAACUGGCGCAGCUUAUUUAUGAAGCAAGUGGACAAGACAUUAGCUUAGCAGUUCUUACUCAGGAAAUCAUGGUUUACCUUGCGAUGUAUGUGAGGACUGAGCCAGGCCUCUUUGCUGAAAUGCUCAGGUUGCGAGUUGGGCUGAUCAUCCAGGUGAUGGCGACAGAGUUAGCCUACAGCCUUAGCUGUUCAGGGGAGGAGGCUUCGGAGACCUUGAUGAAUCUGAGUCCUUCAGACAUGAAGAAGCUGCUACACCACAUUCUAAGUGGAAAGGAGUUUGGGGUUGAAAAGAGUGUACAACCCAUCGAUUCCGCUGCUAUCAGCCCCAUCAUUUCUAUUCAUGAAGUUGGUCAUGCUGGAGCAACAAAGACUGAGAGAACUGGAAUCAGUAAAAUAAAGUCGGAAAUAAAGCAGAGAUGCAGCGGUCCCUCCUCUCCCACAGGCCCCACAUCCCCCGUGGGCUCUUUCUGUACCCGCCUGACCUGGGACCACCGGCAGGGUCAGUGGCUACGUAGACGACGUCUCGAUGGAGCCAUUAACCGUGUUCCCAUGGGCUUCUAUCAAAAGGUCUGGAAGGUUCUCCAGAAGUGUCAUGGACUUUCUAUUGAUGGCUAUGUCCUCCCGUCUUCAAGUACAAGAGAGAUGACGGCCCAAGAGAUCAAGUUUGCUGUUCACGUGGAGUCUGUUUUGAACCACGUCCCUCAGCCCGAGUACAGACAGCUUCUGGUGGAAGCAAUCCUGGUUCUCACAGUCCUGGCAGAUCUGGACGUCCACAGUAUUGGGGGGAUCAUCUAUGUGGAUCACAUUGUGCACUUGGCCAAUGAUUACUUCCUGCAGGAUCAGAAAUCCCUUGGUGCAAAUGAAUCCUGGUUAGAGAUUGACGGGGCCACAAGAGUCUGCAACAUGUUCUACGACAGUGCUCCAAGUGGGAGCUAUGGUACCAUGACUUAUUUGACGAAGGCUGUUGCUACCUAUGUACAGGACUUCCUGCCUAGUGCUGGCUGUUUCAUGCAAUAGAAACCGAGCAUGUUAAAACAAACCUCAUGGAAUGAAGGAGUUACCUACCCGUGUCUUUUUGAUAACUACAAGUGAACAGAUUUCUAAUAAAACUCUGACGUGUGGAUUGCAUUAGAAUACUGGAUAGUAUGAACUGUGUCUCAGGCUCAUUCAUCUGGCACAUUGUAACCAUUAGAACAGGGCCACCCUCUUAGGGUGAAAGCUAACACAUUGAACUGUCUUAAAAUCGGCUAAAUUCUGUAGUUUGGAAAAUGUUAACCCAACGUCACAACUUUCCUAUGCUCAAUUUACUCACUAGAUUGCCAAUUGUCUCAAUUUACAAAAGCAUGAUAAGGCAUGUUUUAAUACUCAGAGGAACACAAGUGUUGGAUUCAAUCACUUUAGAUUGUAAUAAUUGUGAUGUAAUUCACAGUCUGUUUCACUGGCGAAUAUAUUAUGCAUGUGAGAGACAAGGCAGAGUUUGUUUGUAUUUCAUAAAGUCAUAUUGAACAAAGAGAUCAAGGAGAAAACAAAACAAAUGCUUUCUUUGUUCUCGGGAUGUGGGAGUCGCUGGCUGGCCGGUAUUGAUAGUCCAUCUCUGUUUGCCCUUGAGAAGGUAGGGGUGAGCUGCCUUCUUGAAUCACCGCAGUCCAGGGUUGACCCACAAUGCUGGCAGACAGGGAAUUCCAGGACUUUGAUCCAGCAACAGUGAAGGAACAGCAAUAUAUUUCCAAGCCAGGGUGGUGAGUGGCUGAGAGGGGAACUAGCAGGGGCUGGUACUCCCAGGUAUCUAUUCUUUUUGAGAUUAUCAUGAUGGAAGUGUGGAUGAAUUUUGGCAUUUGGAAUUUUUUUGGAUGGAUUGAAAUGAAGUCCUAUGGUGCAUAAGUGUUGGGAUUUUUAAAAAAAUGAGUUUAUUUAGCUAAGGUUUAUUACUUGAAUAAAAUUGAAUUAUUAUUUUGAAUUUCCAGCUUGCGCAAUUUUAUUCAUAGAAUCAUAGAAUCCCUACAGUGUGGAUGCAAGCCAUUCCCACCUAGACCUGCCCCCGCCCAACCUAUCCCUGUAACCCAGCAUUUCCCGUGGCCAAUUCACUUAAUCUGCACAGUUUUGGACUGAGGGAGGAAACCGGAGCAUCUGGAGGAAACCCAGACACUGGGAGAAUCUGCAAACUCCACGCAGACAGUCACCUGAAGGUCCCUGGCGCUGUGAGAGAGCGACUUUAACCACUGUGCUACCCCAUUGUGCAUUGUAUGUAAAAUUCCCGAGGAUUGCUGUGACUCAAGAAGGCUUUUUUUCCACAGGGCAGUGAGAAAUAGGUAUUGAGUGCUGGCUUAGCGCGUGACACCCAUGCCCUGUGAAUGAAUAAAAAACAAUUUGUGUCUGGACUGUCAACGUUUCACUUAGGGCAGUUAAGUAGGUGUUAACUUAUCAUUGUAUAGUACUGAUAUUGCACAAUGUAUCUCCUCUAAGGACAUACAAGAAGGAUAAAAAUAGAUUAAACAGUUACUUUUAAGAAUGCGCACUAAUCAGUUGUAAGCUGAAGGUGUUUCAAUACAUAAUAACCAUGUCUGAUAUACCUUCUUACAUUAAUGAAAGGUUGUAAAUAGUUCUAUAGCAAUAGAUAAGACAUGUCUGUAGCAGUAUUGCCUGUACCUUGUUUGAAGAAUAUUUUUUCUUGAAUGAAAAAUGUGCAUGUUUAAUGUUUAUAUUCACAGAAUCCCUGAACAGCGGGGUGUGGAAUCAAUAAGUUACUUCCAGUUGACUAGCCAUAGGAUUUCUCUGGUGUUUAGCAAAUCGAAUAAAGUUCAUGGAUAAACCUCCUAUCUAGUUGACCAGUGAGCCCAGAUGGAGUCAGUAGGUUAUAGAAAGACAGAUGACAGGAGGUGCUGGGGAGCUUUGAGACAUCUCCCUUUUGGCAAAUGUAUGAUUUAUCAAUAACUUUGAUAAUCUAACCUCUCUCUGAAAGGUCAGAUUUGUUGGAGCAGGGAAAAUCUGAAAAGAGUGCAUGAAGCAGCUGACUCAGAGCCCCAUUGGACAUGUCAUAUCUGUGUGGUUGCCAUGGUGUUGAAUAAUUUCUUAGUUCUUCCAUAUUGAGAGACUUGCUCAGGGUGUAAUUGGCCAGCUCACCAUAGAGACGACAUGCCACCUACAUUAAUAGUUACUGGAUGACAAAGUUAAAGGUGAGUAGAAAUAUUAAUAGCUUUAAAGAAACAUCAGGUGGAUUUGUCAAGUUACUGAGUGAGAUUCGAAUCUAGGCUAAAACAAGGGCUGCAGAUGCUGGAAACCAGAGUCUAGAUUAGAGUGGUGCUGGAAAAGCACAGCAGGGCAGGCAGCAUCCGAGGAGCAGGCUGUGUUCCUGAUGAAGGGCUUUUGCCCGAAACAUCGAUUUUCCUGUUCCUCCUGCUUCAGGAUGCUGCCUGAAUCUGCUGUGCUUUUCCAGCACCACUCUAAUCUAGACUUAGAAUCUAGGUUGUCAGUUGUUGAAUUGGCCUUCACUCAACAACUACUUUCAAUUGUCUGAUGUUCUUAGGUAAUGUAAGACAGAUAUUUGGUUAGGUACAUGCAUAGAAAGGGCUUGGGGGAUAUGGGUGAAAUGUGGGCAAAUGUGGUCUAGUUCAGUUUGGGAUGCCUGGUUAGCAUGGACGAGUUGGACUGAAGGGUCUUUUCAAUUAUGCUAAUCAAUAGCACUAAGGAGUGAGGAGAUGUGGCGUAGUGUUAAUGUCACUGGCAUAGUAAUCCAGAGGACCCAUCUACUGGUUGGGGAUACUGAUUCAAAUCACACCCUGACAACUGGUGACAUUUAAAUUCAAUUAAUAAAAUUCUAGAAUUGAAAGCUAAUCAUCGAUUGUUGAAAAAAUCCACCUGGUUUACCAAUGUCUUUUAGGGAAAGAAAUCUGCCAUUCUACCUAGUCUGGUCUGGUCUACAUGUGACUCCAGAGCCACAGCAAUGUGGUUGACUAUUGAUUACUCUCUGAAAUGGCCCAGCAAGCCUCUCAGUUCAAGGCCAGUUAGAGAUGGUGAAAAAUGCUGGGUUUACCAGUGAUGCCCACCUCCCAUUAACCAAUAAAGUAAAUGUUUUUGAUGCUAGUUAGUCUUAAGCAGAGCUGGACACAUUUAUUGAGAACUUAAGAGUUCAGAGGAUAACAGAGGUGUUAUGGCCAUUUGGCCCAUCAUGCCUCCUGCACUGGUUUUGUGCAGUGUAGUCUCUGCUUGGGUACAUAACUUAGCUUAACAACCUGACCCAGUAGAAAACCUUACAUUCAGGCCCAGUUCGAAUUCAAGCCACACUCCAGGCCCAUGCUUAGUUAUAGAAACAGGCCCUUCAGCCCAUAACUUGCCUAUGCCCAAUUGCCUAGUUUUCACAACUAAACUAGUCCCAUUUGCCUGUAUUUAUUCCAUAUCCCAUCCAUACCUAUUCCAUCCAUGUACCUGUCCAAAUGUUUCUUAAAUGAGGAAAUUGUACUCGCUUCCAUCACUACCUCUGGUAGCCCGUUGUGCACACUCGCCAUUCUCUGUGUUUACAAAAUUACUCCUCUUUCCUUUCAACUUCAACUUAUUUCCUGUAGUUUUAGAUUCCCCUACCCUUGGGAAAAGCUGUUUGCCUAUCUACUUUAUCUGUGUCUCUCACGAUCUUAUAAACCUCUGUAAGGUCAUCCCUCAGUCUCCUAUGCUCCAGGGGUACUCAAACUGUAUAUUGAAACCACACCAAUAACCACCUGCAAUUACACAAGGCAUUUAGGUUCAUGGGAAAGUUACUAAAUAAAUGAGAAGGAAAGAGAUUGGGACAAACAAAGGAGCAUCUAAAAAGAGGGGGAAAUGGUUAGGGGGCUUGAAGGUGAAAAUUCCAGAACUUCAGCCCCAUACACAUGAAGGGACUGGCAAGGUAGGGGAGGAGAAGUCUCAGAGGGGCUAUGCAGCUAGAGGAGACUACAGAGGUGGGGAGAUGUGCGGCUAUGUAUUGGUAACUCUGAGCUAGUGUAGGUCAGUGCAUACCAGACUUCCAAGUGAACGAUAACUUGAUGCAACUUAAGGUCUUGCCGAUUUUUAUUUCCACAGUUUUAAUACUUGUUCCAAAUGUACUUUAGACACCAGAUCAACAACACUGUAGUAGUUAAUACUUUUCUCAAUGUAUUGCUUUCUACAACAGGAAGCAGCACCCAGUGCAAUAAAAUAUUAUCUCUCUGAUCA